UUUUGUAAUAGAAUUACUUGGGGGCACUAGAUGGAACUUACAUUAGAGUGCGUGUACCUGCAAUUGACAAGCCAAGAUACCGUACAAGAAAGGGUGAAGUUGCUACAAAUGUGUUAGCUGCUUGUUCUCGUGAUAUGCAGUUCAUAUUUGUCUUACCGGGUUGGGAGGGAUCGGCAUCGGACUCUAGAGUUCUUCACGAUGCAGUGACUAGGCCGAAUGGAUUAAGAGUUCCCACUGGUUAUUAUUACCUUGUAGAUGGGGGUUACACAAAUGGUGAAGGAUUUCUUGCACCAUAUAGAGGAACAAGGUAUCAUUUAUCAGAAUGGGAUGAAAGAAAUAUGCCUAGGGAUCAUGUGGAAUAUUUUAAUAUGAAGCAUUCGAAGGCAAGAAAUGUCAUAGAACGGUGUUUUGGAAUGCUAAAAGGAAGGUGGGGAAUACUAAGGAGUCCAUCAUUUUAUCCAAUAAAGACACAAUGCCGCAUAAUUACGGUUUGUUGUCUUUUACAUAAUUUUAUUAGGAGAGAAAUGUCCAUUGAUCCGAUGGAGUAUGCAGUAUGUGAAUUAGAUGCUCAAAAUGGGGAAGAAGUUGAUGUAGUUGGCACGGUUGAAGCGUCUAAUCAAUGGACUACUUGGAGGAAUGAAUUAGCUUCACAAAUGCAUAAUGAAUGGACGGGAAGAAGGGUUGUAAGGGCUGCCGGAGAUACAGGGGUUUCAGGUGCUGCUGCAAGGGCUGCAAGGGCUGCAAGGGCUGCAAGGGAUGCAAGAGCUGCAAGGGAUGCAAGGGAUGCAAGGGCUGCAAGGGAUGCAAGAGCUUCAAGAGAAUAAAUCAUUGACGGAAUGCUUUAAAUACAUCUAAUAAGUACUAAGGAUCAUUAUUUAUAUAGUUUUUGAUUUGUUGUGAACACUAAUGCAUUUUAAUUCUUAGGAGUGUUUUUCUACUAAGUACUAAGGAUCAAUUCCAGUUGCUUCAACCAUCUGUUGAGUGUUUUUCUACUUGAGAAUAAACAUGGGUUUGUUUAUUGAGUUUCUUUUGUAAAUCUACUCUCGUGAUAUGUAGCUUGGUGAUGUUAUUGUUAUCUUCUGUAAAGAGAGAAACAAUCUGCGUGUUCAAUUGUUUGGGAAUCUACUAUGCUGCAUAAUGGGGAGUGAUUGCAUUUCUAUAUUGUGGAUUGUUCGAAUGGAUGCAGUGCAACCACUCUUUUUGCACUUUCUCCUUUUUGCUGUCUCCUUCUUUUCCCUCUUUUCCGUUUUACUUCCCUCUUUUUCCUCUUUUGUUUUUCUCCUUUCUCCUUUUUGCUGUCUCCUUCUUUUCCCUCUUUUCCGUUUUGCUUCCCUCUUUUUCCUCUUUUGCUUUUCUCCUUUCUCCUUUUGCUGUCUCCCUUUUACCUUUUGUUGUCUUCCUUUUCCCUUUCCUCUAUAUGUUUUUUCUACGCAUAUUAAUUGCUUUACAAUAACAGAUGCUACUGUGAAAACUUGCUCCAAAAAACUUCUUCUGGUUGUUUUCAUUGAUUUUGGAUGUUACUGUGAAAUCUUAGAUAUGGAUCGAAGGCAAAUUAUGUUGCUCUUAUUGGUGGAGCAAGACGGGGAGCCUAGAGACAAUGUGUGCUUGUACUAUGCUUUACAAUAAUAGAUGCUACUCUAAGCUUUGAGUCUAUAUGCGUAUGAGUGUAUUAUUUGAGUCUAUAUGCGUAUGAGAUAUAGCUUUUCUGUAGGUAUGUGAUGUCCAAGUUGAUGUGAAUUGCUGUGUCUCGUCUUAGGCAAGAAAAAUCUCAAUAUUGAUCUUCUAAUUUCCACAUUUUGAAUUGAUGCACAAAUCCUUCUUUAGUAACUGUACUGAAAAUGCAAAUUCAGAAGGAUUUGAUUUUGGUGAAAAUGGAAAGUGGUGAUGAAAAUACAGAGCAAGGGAAGUCAAGACGUGUAUGGACCAGCUUUGAAGAAGAGUCUUUGUUGAAUGUUCUUGACGGAAUUAUUGCUGGAGGACAACGCUACGACACUGGUAGUUUCAAAUCUGGUACUUUAAUCAAAAUAGAGAAUGCUUUAAAUCUUUUAUGUCCCAAUUCCAAUCUGAAGGCAAGUCCACAUAUUGAGUCAAAGUUGAAGAAACUUAAGAAAGAUUAUAGCAUAAUCUAUGACAUGAUGAACAAGAGUGGAUUUGCAUGGAAUGAUAUCAAAAAGUGCAUUGAAGUUGAUAGUAAUGAAGUAUGGGAAACGUAUUUGCAGCACAACAAAAAGGCAAAGGGAUGGAGAAACAAGAAGUAUCCAUUAUUUGAUAGACUAGCUACCAUCUUUGGGAGUGACCGUGCUACUGGAGAUGGGGCUGAGGUCCCUGCUGAUAUGAUGGAGGAGCAGAGCAACAAUGAAGAUGAUAUAGGCAUUGGGAAUGACACAAGCCCCAUGUCAAUGAGGCAAGAUAGCACUGGACAAUCUCAGGUCAGUCAGAAAAAGAGGAAAAGAAAUGAUGAAGAUAAAAUUAUGCUUGCAUUGGAUAAAUUGUUUGAAGAAUCUGGAAAAAGAAUGCAAGCAGUGACUGAUGCCAUAGUGAAAGGUGAUGAAGAUCGAUCUGAUAUUGCUAAGGAACUUAAGAAAAUGGGACUUUCUGUUCUAGACCAAAUUGAGGCAUUUAAAAUCAUUUUGGAUAAGCCCCAAAACAUAUCUGUGUUCAUGUCCUUAGAUGAUGAAGUGAGGAAAGUGUAUGUCGAGAACUUGCUUGCGGGCACUGCUAGAGGAUCUACCUAGCUGCUGUUGCAAGAUAUGUUCUUUUUUUUGUUUGGACAACUACAACAGUUGCUGCCUUAACACAUGUUGGACAAGUUCCUUCUUUUGCUAGAUUAACAUUCAUUUUUGUAAUUGCUAGAUGGAACAUUAUUAGCAUGUGGAAUGUUAAAUCAGUGUAUCACUGUGUUGUAUUAAUAGGUGGACUUGUUGAUGUGUAAAAACUAACUACAAAGUAUGUAGAUUGUGGUUGCUCUUCUCAAUCUAUGAUUAUUUUGCUGUA